CAACGCACAUAGCUCCCCUGGCACCAGAAAGCAAAAGAGACACACGGAGAGACAGAGAGAACGAGACAGAGAGGGAGGGAGAGAAACAGGGCAGAGUGAAGGGGUGAGAGACAGUGAGCGAGUGAGAGGGAGAGAGACAGAGGGUGAGAGGGAGAAAGAGAAACAGGGCAGAGUGAGACAGAGAGCGAAGGGGGAGAGAGACAGAGAGAGUGAGAGGGAGAGAGAGAAACAGGGCAGCGUGAGACAGAGAGUGAAUGGGGAGAGAGACAGAGAGAGUGAGAGGGAGAGAGAGAAACAGGGCAGCGUGAGACAGAGAGUGAACGGGAGAGAGACAGAGAGUGAGAGGGAGAGAGAGAGAUGGAGAGGGGGAGAGAGAGAAACAGGACAGAGUGAGACAGAGAGUGAGGGGGAGAGACAACAGAGAGAGGAGAGUGAGAGAAAGAGGAACAGCAAGAGGGAUAGAAAGAAAAACAGAGCAGAGUGAGACAGAGAGUGGAGAGACAGAGAGGGAGAGGGAAAGAGACAGAGGAGAGUGAGACAGAGAGUGGGAGAAAGACAGAAAAGGGAGAGAGAGGGGAGAUUGAGACAGUAAAAGGAGGGACAGGAAAGAGUGAGUCAGUGAGAGGGAGAGAAAGAGAGGGAAGGAGGGGGCAGGGAAAGAGAGGAGAGUGAGACAGAGAGAAGGAGAGGGAGAGGAGAUUGACAGAGGGAGGGUAGAGGAAAAGUCACAGGAGACCGACCCUGAGACGAAGCGACACCGGGUGAGUGAGAAAGGGACCACAGAGAAAAAGAGAGAGAUGUGAGUGAGAAAGAGACAGAGGAACAGGGAGACAGACGAGGAAAGAGGAGACGGGGGGGGGGGUGACAUAAGCAGGGGCUGAGAAAGGGAGGAGAGGUGCACAGAGACACAGAGACGAGAGAGAGAGUAACAGUGAAGAAGAGAGGGGUGAGAUCACAAAGAGACACAGAGGUGAGAGAGCAAGGAAGAAGGGAGAGAGAAAGAGGAACAUUAGAGAGAUAAUGAGGGGAGGAUUGAGGCAGUAAAAAAUAGAGGGAAGAAAGAGGGACAAAGUGAGAGGAGCGAAAGAAAAAUAAAGGGAAGAGAGAGAAACAGAAACACCAGCAACUAACUGAGGAGGGAGAGGUCUGCAUACUCCGUACAGGGUUAAUUCUCAAUCCUACUGUUUGCGAUGGCCUUUCUCUGCAGAAUGAAUCACAGCUUCAAGGACAGUCAGCUCCCUCUGGUCAUUUCUGCGCUAUUGGUGACUGUAGUUUCACACCCUCAGUGCCUAGAUUUCAAGCCACCGUUCAAACCCGCUGAGCCGCUGUCGUUCUGCUCAGCCUACUCCAGUUUCGGUUGCUGUGACGCCCGCACGGACUCCUCUCUGGCCAAACAAUACCAGCACAUACUCAGCUACCUCCAUCAUUCAGGAGUCUCAGUGUGUGCCAAAUACAUCCAGGAGCUGCUGUGUCAGAAAUGUUCCCCUUACGCGGCGCACCUGUAUGACGCGGAGGAUGCUAACACCCCUGUGCGGGUUUUGCCGGGGCUCUGCGGAGAUUACUGCAACGAAUUCUGGAAACGCUGCCGAUCUACCCUCAGCCUUCUCACUGGGGACGUGCAGACGAUGGAGCUGGAGUCAGACCGGGGCAAGUUCUGUGGUUACCUGGAGCUCCAGGACCCUGACUACUGCUACCCCAACGUCCUGUCCAGCGAGAGGCUCCAGACCAAUCUGGGGAGAGUGCAGGCCGAUGCUGAGGGAUGCCUCCAACUGUGCCUGAAGGAGGUGGCUAACCGACUCCGGAACCCAGUGGCCAUGCUCCAUGCCAGCGACGGAACCCACCGCUUCUUUGUGGCCGAGCAAGUGGGCGUGGUCUGGGUCUAUCUGGCCAACGGGUCGAAGGUCAACCGGCCCUUCCUCAACCUGACCGAGGCAGUCCUGACCUCGCCCUGGCUAGGGGAUGAGAGAGGAUUCCUGGGCCUGGCUUUUCACCCCAGGUUCAAGUGGAACGGCAAGGUCUACGUCUACUACUCCAUCUUCUCGAGAAAGGCCGAGAGAGUCCGCAUCAGCGAGUUCAAACUGCUGCCCAGCAACAUGAACGCCCUGGAUCACGCCUCAGAAAGGGUGAUCCUGGAGGUGGUGGAACCCGCUUCAAAUCAUAACGGAGGACAGAUACUGUUUGGAAAUGAUGGAUAUCUUUAUAUUUUCACUGGUGACGGUGGGGGAGCUGGAGAUCCAUUUGGGAAGUUUGGAAACGCACAGAAUAAGUCGUCCCUGUUGGGGAAGGUGUUGCGUAUUGAUGUUAACCACAACGAUGCUGGGCCCCCAUACCGGAUCCCGGCCGACAAUCCGUUUGUGCGGGAACGGGGGGCGCGCCCCGAGGUCUACGCCUAUGGAGUGAGGAACAUGUGGAGGUGCUCGGUGGACCGGGGCGACCCAGUAACCGGAGCAGGAAGGGGGCGCCUCUUCUGUGGCGACGUGGGCCAGAACAAGUUUGAGGAGGUGGACAUUAUCCAGAGAGGGGGAAACUACGGCUGGAGAGCGAGGGAGGGAUUCUCCUGCUAUGACAAGAAACUCUGCUCCAACUCAUCUCUCAAUGACAUCCUGCCAAUAUUCGCGUAUCCCCACAGACUAGGCAGGUCUGUGACUGGUGGCUAUAUCUACAGAGGUUGCGAGAUGCCCAAUCUGAACGGACUCUACAUCUUUGGAGAUUUCAUGAGCGGGCGGCUCAUGUCUCUGAAAGAGGACCCUCGCUCUGGUCACUGGAGUUACCAGGAGAUCUGCAUGGGCCGUGGGCAAGUGUGCAAUUUCCCCAAACUCAUCAAUAACUACUACCAGUACAUCAUCUCCUUUGCUGAGGACGAGGCAGGUGAGCUGUACUUCAUGUCCAGUGGGAAUCCCAGUGCCUACGUCCCCGCAGGAACUGUGUAUAAACUGAUCGACCCUUCUCGGAGAGCACCACCAGGGAAGUGUCGCUACAAACUGCAGCCUGUCACUGUGAAAGGAAAGUUACUGCCAUUUCGGCCGAAAGAGAAACUCAUCCUGGAGAUGAAAGCCACAACAGUCACCCCGACUGCAGUCAGUCCCAGGCCUAGGCCAACUGGGGCCUCAACGCACAGGCCCAAGGCAGGUCGGAAAGGGAAAAGCCAGGCCAGAACGAUCAUGACCAUCACUGCCACGCCGGCCCCUCGGCCUCCUACUUUGAGCUGGCACUGGGAGAAGCCAGGCCCACUGACCACCAAACCCCCGCCCCGCAGCCAGAGGCCGCCAACGGAGGCGGAGAGAGGCCGGGGGCCGGGAGCGGCCGGGGGUCAGGGGCCAAAGGCAGGAAAGAGGAGGCGCAGGCGUCCGCGGGAGGGGACGGUGCGGCUGGCCGGGAGCAGGGGUCAGCACCAGGGGAGGAGGAGGCGGCUGGGCGAAGGGAGAGUCGAGGUCUACAUCAGUGGGCGGUGGGGUACCAUCUGUAGUGGCUCCUGGGACUCCAGGUCUGCGGCGGUGGUCUGCCGCCAGCUGGGCUACCGGGGUGUGGCCAGGGCAGCCGGCAAGUCGGAGUUCGGGCACAGCAGUCUGCCCAUCGUCCUGGACGGCGUGAGGUGUGAGGGCACAGAGAGAAGCCUCUUGCGGUGCCACCAUGGGCCCCUGGGGAAACACAGCUGCUCGCGCGGGCAGGAGGCUGGUGUAGUGUGCCGCGCCAAACGCCGAAACUAACCCGCGUGCAAACAGGCCCCAUCGGCCCAUCGCAACCGCGUCCAGGGAAUCGGUGUGGCUCAGAAACUGACCCUUCGGGCCUUCAUGCCUGUGCUGACCAUGGCGCCAUUGUAAAGCUGUUCAGCACGGAAACAGGCCCUUUGGCCCGACCUGUCCAUGCUGACUGGGUUUCCUGAUCUGAUCUAGCUCCAUUUUCCUGUGUUUGGCCCCUAUCGGUCUAAACCUUCCCUUAUCCAUGUACCUGCCCAAAUGUCUUUUAAAUGUUGUAACUGUGCCCACCUCCCGUCUUCCUCCGGCAGCUCGUCCCAUCUGCACAUCACCCUCUGCGUGGAAAUGUUUCCCCUCGGGUCUCUUUUCAAUCCUUCCGCUCUCACCUUUAAGCCAAUACUCUUUAGACUCCCCUACCCUGUGACCUUUUGCAAUUUACCUGAUCUACAUCCCUCAUGAUGGAUGAUGAUGGGAUAGUGCGGGGGAGGGGCUUAGAUUAGUUCACAGGUGGGUGCAACAUCGAGGGCCGAACGGCCUGUUCUGCGCUGUAUUGUUCUAUAUUCUAUGUUCUGUGAUUUUAUAAACCUCUACAAAGUCACCCUUCAGCCUCCUAAACUCCAGGGGGAAAAAUCUCAGCCUAUCCUGCCUCUCCUUAUAACUCAAACCUUCCAGUCUCCAAUCUAAACUAAUCCCAGCUGCCUGCACAUGGUACGUGGUUCAUAUCCCUCUAUUCCCUUCCUUUUCAUGUCUAAAUGGAUCUUAAUCGUUGCUAUCAGGGCCGUUUCCACCAUCUCCCCUGGCAGUGCAUUCCAGGCAUUUACCACCCUCUGCAUAAAAUACCUUGCUCCCACAUCUCCUUUAAACUUUCCCCUUUCACCUUAGAACUGCACCCCCCCCCCCGCCAAAGUAAUUGACAUUUCCACUCUGGGGAGAAAGACUCCGACUAUCCACCUAUCCAUAUUCUAUACUUCUUUCAAGUUGUCCGUCAGCCUCUGAGACUCUAACGAAAACUAUCCAAGUUUAUCGAACCUCCCCUUCUUGCUCCUACACUCCAAUCCCCAGCAACACCCCGAUAAAUCUCCUUUGUGCCCUCACCAAAACCUUUCCAUCCUUUCUGUAGUGCAGGGACCAGAACAGUAUUCCAAACAUGGCCAAACUAAACUCUUAAACAGUGGCAAAAUGACUUGCCAACUUUUAUGCUCAGUGGCCCAACCGAUGUUGCCCCAACAGGUCCAUAGCACCAAUAAUUCUCAGAUAACUCAAGAGUCACACAAAAUAGAAAAAGGCCCUUUAGCCCAUCAUGUCUAUGCGAACCAACAAAAACCAAACUAUGCUGAUCUCACUUAUUGGCACUUGGUCCAUAGCCAGUUAUGCCGCCAGCAAUUCAAGUGCUCAUCCAGAUUCUUCUCAAAGUUGAGACUGCUUGUCUCUACUACUCUGUAAGGCAAGAUGUCUUGUUUCUGAAAAUAAACAAAGCAACUCAC